AGAGAGUCAACAGCACUGUAAAUUGCCAAUUAAAAUUGAUCUAGUAAUUUCAUUGUCUCUACGUUGCGGUUUUUUCAAAAUAUUACAAAAAAACAAAGGAUUUUUUGGAAUCUGAAUUAAAAAUCAAGUUAAACGAGGUUGAUUCAACUCAAACAUCGGAGCAGCCGGUGCCCGUUGCAUCGAAGGGAUACAGCUUUCGAGGGAAAAAAAUGGUUACCGGACGCGCGUUGCAUUUUGUAUUCAAGAUACCGGAUCGCGGGUUAACGGCGAAAUUUUAUCGAGAGAUUCUCGGGAUGAAAGUGCUGAGACACGAGGAAUUCUCGGACGGAUGCGAGGCCGCGUGCAACGGACCAUAUGCAAAUCGUUGGAGCAAAACGAUGAUAGGAUAUGGCCCUGAAGAUACACAUUUUGUCAUUGAAUUGACAUAUAAUUAUGGGAUUAAAGAAUAUGAAACUGGAAACGAUUUCAAAGCUAUUACUAUUUGUUCGAAAGACGUGAUUGAAAGAGCACGCGCUAAUGGAUGGCCAAUGCAUGAGGAAAAUGGAAAGUUUGUGAUGCAGGCACCUGGUGGGUAUAAAUAUCACAUUGUUAACGAGCAACAUCCUGCUAACAGCGAUCCAGUAGAAAAAGUUACUCUGGCCAGCUCCAAUCUUGAACGUACCAUUGCCUAUUGGAAAGAUAUUUUGGGAUUAAAGGUAUUUGAUAGGAAAGAUAAAAGCGUAUUGAUGGGCUAUAGCAAAGAUCAAGCCAAACUUGAAUUUGAAGAUAUUGGCACCGAAGUCAAUCACGCAAAGGCGUAUGGACGUAUCGCUUUCUCGGUACCGUUUUCGGAGCAACCGGCGAUCCAAAAAGCUAUUAAAGAAAGUGGAAAUAAAAUCUUGACUGAUCUAAUAACUCUAGAUACACCGGGAAAGGCUUCUGUAAGAGUUAUCAUUCUUGCGGAUCCGGAUGGGCACGAAAUCUGUUUUGUAGACGACGAAGGAUUUAGACAACUCUCAGUUCCAGAUUAUCCAAGUGAAGAAAUUUUAAAUAGAUAUAUUGAAAAGGAGGCAACAAAUAACUUGUAAAAAAUUAUUCAACUACCGUUGAGUAUUAUUUGUAAUUCAAUAUUAAGUAGAUAUUGAUGGUGGCGGAAUGCUAAUGAAAAAAUUAGAAUUUAAAAGUGAUGGGCGCAUCUAAAUAAAAAUAUGUAAAUACGUAAUUAAAAAAAAAAUGUUCUUAUUGUUUUGUAAAAAUAAAUUUUAUUUUUUGCAUCAAGUUGUCUGAAAUUGAAUAUCAUGUACUUUUAUAUAAAUUCAUAUUUAUCGUUAAACUGAAACUUUACUAAAAUUUUACUAAAAAAUUUUGCAUCAAAGUUUUUAAUUUAGUUGCAAAUCUUGUAUGAGUAGAAAACGUGAUCUUUCUGUAACCUUUUCGUAGAAAUAGAAAAUGCUGACGUUUAAAUAUGAAA